GUGAAGCUGGGACUACAAGAGAGACAAGAGAGUGAGAGCGAGAGAGAGGCGGCAGCCGCUGUUAGCGAUUCGCUCGCGGUUCCAGGCUCCGUCGGAACGAACGGAGCUUUUGUUAGCCCUGCGCGAAGUGGAGGCAUUGCAGGGGCGAGAGGGGUGGGGUUGACGGCGGGGUGUAGGAGGAGGAGGGAGGAGGAACGGAGCAAUAUCCCGCCCUGCGGAUAGCAACAAGCAUCACCCAUCAGCAGCAGCAGCAGCCAAAGCAAUCGGGUCAGGGAGACCCCCGACGCAGGAUCAUGGACGACGUGCCGAGCGCGAUGAAGAUCUCGAUCUCGCUGAAGACGCAUCCGUCCGACGGCGCCGUCUUCUUCAAAGUGGACGGGCAACGUUUCAACCAGACGCGCACCAUCAAGCUCCUCGUCGGGGCCAAGUACAAGGUGGCGGUGCUCAUCAAACCCGGCACCGUGAGGACGAGGGCGAUGCUGAUCGGCGACUGCGAGGUGCCGCUGGAGGAGGGUGCGCGUGACCUCGCGCAGGUCACCUACGCCGGCUACUUCGACACGGCCGCCCUUACGGCCACCAAGAGCGGGGAGCGGCAACCCACGGCCGUCAGUAUCCGGCUGGAGGACAUCGGAACGUUCGAGGCCGUGUGGCAGUGCAAGUUCUACAACUACCCCAAGCGCGACCACUGCCAGUGGGGGAACAGCUUCGCGGCCAUCGAUUAUGACUGCAAGCCCAACGACACGCGCACCCUCCUCUGGGUCAACAAGGAGGUCUUCCGGUAGCCGUGGUGACGCCAGGGGUGGCGGCGGCGGCGGCGGCGGCGGCCUGCACCAGCCCGGCCACUUCAUGCGGUCACGAGCGUUCGGCGAUCCAAACGUCCAACGGUGGUUUUGUUGGAAACUCAUUUGUGUUUGUUUUACAAGUCGGUUUCGUCCACCCUCCAUCCCCCACCGUCGAGAGAGCUGUGUGGCCCCAAUAUAGGAACCAGAGAGCUUGGGCAAUUGUUGAUUCGAGCUCUCUUGGGCCCUAUCCGCAAACGGUAGUUGCAGGGCCGCUCCUUUACCUUUUAAAUUUGCCCUUCCCCACAUAACCCCUGGUGCUGCGUUGUUGGUGAUCUUGCAAAAAAAGCAUUCUGUAUGACGAGUGACACCUUUGCUUCACGUGUGGGGCGCUCCAGGGGCGUGAUCGCUUUUACGCGGGGCACGGCACGUUGGGAACGUCGCCGCUUGAGCGAGCUGGGAAACUCCGUCGGCCGUCAUCUGACCGUUUUACGAGGUAGGUUAGGUUGAUCCGACCGUUCUGCUUGCUUUCGCGAGAGUUUCCACGAAGUGAAAAACAAAACAAAACGAAGGGCUGCCUUGCGAGUGAGUAAUAUUGCAUAGCUCCCUGAUGUGCUUUCGGGUCGAUGCCGUGUGCUGUGCGACACGAUGUCUUGACGUUUUACUCCACGUGCCGGGAGCUGUGUCAGGAAUGGGAUUAAUGCUCCCGGCAACGUGGAGCGAAACGUCGGACGUUGUGCCAAACAGCACGCGGUA